CGCGAGCAGUUUUGGCGGGGCGUGCUCCUGUCUCUGAUGGUUACGCGUUUAACUUAGGGCGAAAUCUUUAUUCACCUCCCAGCAGCUCUGUGUGAGCGCGUUAUGUGAAGUGCGUCCGACCAGCUGCGACACCAAGCAAAAUCAAGGUUCCUGCAAUUACAGGUCAGAGGAUUGAAACAAGACAAUGGAUUGGGGAGCUCUGCAUACCAUUUUGGGAGGUGUAAAUAAGCACUCCACCAGUAUCGGGAAGAUCUGGCUCACAGUCCUCUUCAUCUUCCGUAUCAUGAUCCUGGUUGUGGCUGCAGAGAGAGUCUGGGGAGAUGAACAAGAUGACUUUGUCUGCAACACGCUUCAGCCUGGCUGCAGAAAUGUUUGCUAUGAUCACUUUUUCCCCAUCUCUCACAUCAGACUCUGGGCCCUGCAGCUGAUCUUUGUCUCCACACCUGCGCUGCUGGUGGCCAUGCACGUGGCUUACAGGAGGCAUGAGAAGAAAAGGCAGUUCAGAAAAGGAGACCAGAAAUGUGAAUUCAAGGACAUUGAAGAAAUUAGGAAACAGAGGUUUCGUAUUGAGGGCUCCUUGUGGUGGACGUACACCGGCAGCAUCUUUUUCAGACUGGUCUUUGAAGCCGUCUUCAUGUACGCGUUUUAUUUCAUGUACGAUGGGUUCCGAAUGCCCCGCUUAAUGAAGUGUAAUGCCUGGCCCUGCCCCAACACUGUAGACUGCUUUGUUUCCCGACCUACUGAAAAGACCGUGUUCACUAUUUUCAUGAUUGCUGUGUCCAGCAUUUGCAUUCUUUUAAAUGUGGCUGAAUUAUGUUACUUACUGGCAAAGUUUUUCCUCAGAAGGUCUAAAAACGCUGGAAAUUCAAAACAGCAGCCCAACAAUGAGAAUAAGGAAGAAACCAAACAAAAUGAAAUGAACGAGUUAAUAUCUGAUAGCUGCCAGAACACAGUUAUAGGGUUUACAAGUAGCUAAGGUGAUGCCAGUGCUGAGGUUCACUCUUUUUGGAGUGAAUGUUUUAUUUAAAGGCUGCAAAUGAAAUUUGUUGUAUGAAACAAGGUUGGUUGAGGCUUUGAUGCGUAGUGUCAGAUGUCGAGUAGGUACACGUCUGGGAAAAGUCAGGGCAGCCUAAACAUGUGAAAAUUGCGUGAGGGCUAAAUAGGAAGAUACACUUUCCUGUGAGUACCCUUACAAGCUGACUAUGACAAGUGGGAAGCCCACUGCUACCUUCAUGCUGACACAGCUCCUGAAAGCUCAAUGCAACAGCAAUAAGAACAAAACUCUUUCCAAGCUAGGUAUUCUAGUAUUACAAGAUGUUUUGUAAUAGGGGUAGUUUUUACUUGUGAACUGAUGAUUAAAAUAUUUUUCUAAAAUCUAAGAUUCCAUGUUACUUAAGGUGUUAUAGUACACAACUGACUGUGUUUUAUUUCUUAACCAGGCAUAUGCAGAUGAACCUUGUAAUACCAUAUUCAUAGGGAGGAGACAGCAAUAGGCUAUAUGCACUUUCACAACUUUGCCAGUGCUGCUUGAGUCUGGGCAGGUAGCUUGAGAUGCUUGCAUACACACUGCUGGCUGUAGGGGAAUUGUAUGAAAGCCCACCAGUGUGUACAAUUGAGGUACCUAGAUUCUCAGUGCAAACUCCUGCCUGAAAACAGCACAAGAAUAUAGUUACAGCCUAUGUAGACUUGUUUAAACAGCUAGCAGACCUGGUAAUUGUACCAAUCUCUUAAUUGCAUACUGUCAGUUUUAUAGCAACUUACAUAAGUUUAUGUAGAUGGUUUUUUCUCUAAUGUAUUAGCUGUUUCUUUAUACUGUAUCACAUCAUGGAACUUUUUUGGUUUUGAUUUGUUUGCUUUUUUGUAGUAGACUGAUGGUGCUGUUAUGAGACUAGAGUCUGUCUGGUUUCAAGGACAUGGAAAAGUAUUCCUGGAAAUGAAGCGAGUCUUCUGAAUAAAAGGCAAACACUUUAACCUUU